AACUGUUAGUGCCGUCUGGGAACUGAAAUCGUCAUGUUAGCUUGUAGCAGCAUGCUAGCGUGAGAGGAAACAUUGACAACCAUUUAAAACUAACUAGCAGCAAUUUAAGAGAUUAUCUGCUGGGACAUGUCUCUUAAACUUCUCAUUUAAACACAUUUAAUUCUGUCAGAACCCAAUUUAUUAAUUUAUCUUUAACAAAUAAUAUGAGGUUGUAGUUCGCUAGUUGAGUUCCUUGAGUCUGGAGAUCAUAGAACAGAAGUUAAAGUUACCUAAGUUAAAGUACAAAAAAAAAAAAAAAUUGGUCAUCUGAAGAAGGAAAAAAAAAAGUUACUAUUAUAGGCUUGUCAUACUUUGGUAAACCUGUUUGACAGUGACGAAGGCAGUGGAGCACUGCAAAGUGAAAACCACCAAUCCUGUCCUUAGUAGCAGUCAUAUGGGGAAACCGAGGAGCAGCAUUUUCCCGAAGUAAUUGCCUAAGGUAUCUGAAAGAUGGUGGACCGCUUGGCGAACAGUGAGGCCAACUCAAAACGCAUUGCAGUCGUUGAAGCCUGCUUCGGCACGGCAGGCCAACCGCUGGCUAUCCCAGGUCGAGUGCUCAUCGGAGAAGGCGUUCUCACAAAAUUGUGCCGCAAAAAGCCCAAAGCCCGGCAGUUCUUCCUCUUCAAUGACAUCCUGGUGUACGGCAACAUUGUUAUCCAGAAGAAAAAGUACAACAGGCAACACAUAAUCCCACUGGAGUUUGUCACCAUAGACACUGUAGAGGAUGAGGGCGACCUGCGCAAUGGCUGGCUCAUUAAAACACCCACCAAGUCAUUCGCCGUCUACGCCGCCACAGCUACGGAGAAAUCCGAGUGGAUGAGCCACAUCAGCAAGUGCGUCUCGGAUCUGCUACAAAAAAGCGGGAAAUCUCCUACCGGGGAGCACGCGGCAGUGUGGGUGCCCGACUCAGAGGCGUCUGUAUGCAUGCGAUGCCAGAAGGUGAAAUUCACGCCGGUCAGCAGACGUCACCACUGCAGGAAGUGCGGAUUUGUUGUGUGCGGUCCCUGUUCAGAAAAGAAGUUCCUGCUUCCCAGUCAGUCAUCCAAACCGGUGCGUGUGUGUGAGUUCUGUUACAAACAACUCUCAACGGGUGCCACCCUGCCCCCCCGCUCAGACUCCUACAGUCGGCAUGGUUCGGAGUUCUCCACCAACAACAUCUCUGAUGACGAAGAUGAGGAUGACAGCAGUGACUGAGGGUGUCAGUCUGCAUGCUCCCUUUUAGGACUAUUGACAAUCCACAGAUCCCAAUAUUUUAGUCUCUCAAAGUUUUCUUCAGGGUUUGCAAAGGUUUUUCCAACCAUUUUAUUCCUGUGGCAGUAAUACUCUUGAAGCAACACAGUAAACGUACCCUAAACAAUUAAAAACCCUGUGCAUAUAAAAAAGGUUUGAAAGGAAUUGUUGUAAGUUCCUCUGUAUUCCUGAACACUACUUUGCAGACUCGCUCUACUUUCUAGCACAUCUCAAAUGCACCUCUCGCUUGUAGUUUUAACCUCUUAUAUGCAAAAGGCAUGUCUUUAAGAUUGUUCUCAUAGAUUAUUCUGAUCAAGUGUAAUGUAUCUCUCUGUAGCUUAAGCUACAGCCAGUUGAACUACAGAGACAAACUUCCAGUUGAUCAGAAUAAUGCACAAGAUUGCGGACUGUUCAUAGACAUCCAUUCAAUGCACAAAUCCUCAGGUGAAGCCAUGCAUUAGUAGCAUUAUAACUAGUUGUUUUACACACUGAGCUGCUUUUAUUGCAACUAACCACUAACAAAUCAUAAAAGUUUGCAUUCUGGAGAAGGUCUCCUAAUGAAAUUCCUGUUACUUUGGUUUGUGGACUGUUUUCAGUAAUUGCAAAUGACAAUUUAGAUAGACGCUCUCGUAAGCUUGUAAAUGUGUAUAUAAUGCUGUGGUGUAGGAAGUCUAUUGCAAAUUUCAUCUGACAAGGUCGUUGCUGCCUCAGUGCCUUCAAAAUUAUUUAUCCUCAGGAAGUAGAUCCAGGUGAAGCAACUAUUUAGGCUACAGUUUAUUGAUGCUCCUCUUCUGAAUUGAUCCUUGUAUUUGAGACAUGCCUCCAUUUGAUGGCACAUCAUAAGUACAGAUUUAUUGACAUACCCUGUUUAAAGGCACACAGGUCCAAUUUAAUGACUAUUUUUUUAUGAUAUACCAUAUUUUUCAUGUGACUGCAUUUAUGAUCAAAACAAGACAAUAUGUACAGAUGUGUUUCAAGUGAAUACAGUUUAAAUGAUUACAUUGGCUCCAAAUGGCUUUUGGACAGUAUGAUGAAUUCAGUUGUCUGAAUAUGUCCUGAGAUUGUUUCCGGGUCUUUGUGACAGCAGUGUCUUGCUUACUCAUGAUGUUGCAUUAGUACCCCACGAGUUCUGAACUACGCUGGCGUCUCUUUUCAGCCCUGACUUACACUCUACAGAAAGUUAGCAUGCAGCCCACAGGAACUGGGAAGUGCACGUCACUAAAGCGAAGGACGCCCUAUCCUUUCUCCCCCGCUGUCUCAUUGGAGUCUUUGUGUUGCCGAUGUCACAUGUUGGCUUGACAGUCAGUUUUACUCUUUUUGAACAGGAAUUGAAAGAAUUAUGAGGAAAUGACUGCCACACAGCCUGCUUUUGUUUCAAGGCUGUUUCAUACUAGAAACACUUCAAUAACAACUUUCCAAAGUGAUGGUUUUAUUAAUGACUGUGUCUGAAGGCAAGACCGUGAAAGCGUUUCAUUAAAUAUCUGAAUUUGCUUCUGCCAGGUUUACAGUCCUUUUUAUUUUAAGUCAAGCUGGUGAGAGAAUCAGCUAUACUGCUGGAGAACCUUGUGUCUCAGUACUGAAUACUUGAUCACGGGUGAAGAUGGCAUACAUUGUUUGUCAGAAUAACAAAACUGACAUUGAAGAGGGAUAUUUAGUUAACCUAGCUCUGGCUAAAGACCAAAGUAUACUUCGGUCUUCCACGUACCAGUACGUCUUAAGCAGUGUGCUAACACAGAUUUCGUUAUCAGCACAGGUUUACACAUAGUUAGUCUGCAUUUUUUGACACAUGCGCCUGCCUUUGACUGUGCUAAAAGAAGAUCACAAAGCAGUCAUAGCGCACAUGGUUCAAAACGAAGACAGUGUGGGCUUGCGGUCAAAAGAGUAUACUUUGAAAGGCUGAGCACUCCACCAUGUACGAGACGUAAUGGCAUGCAGUAAAACUAAGUGUACCCCAGCUUUAAGAAUCCUGACUGUUUAUAGACCAUCUAAUUCAUAUGCAAAGAUAGAUAAAGUAUUUUUUGCUUUUACAAAUAGAAAGAGACAUAUUUGGGAUUUAGAUAUAGGUUUACAGCGAUUUAUCUAAUAAUCUAAUCGUACUUUUGGAGUACAACAGCUUCCAAAAUAGUGAUUGAGCAAUGUUUGAUUUAAUUAAUUGUUUAAUCAUUCCCAAAUUUAACCUGAUGAUAUUCUGAGAUUAUUUUUUUGCUUUGUUUUAAUUACACUUAUGUUGUAAUAUUCUGAAAUGAUUGCUUUUGUUUUAAUUUUCCAUAUGUUGUAAACUUUGUACAGUUUUAUUUUUAUAUAUACACACUUAGACAGGCUUGCAUUUUUUUUUUUUUUUGCACAUAGAUUUUCUGUGUGGUUCAUGUGUGCGUUUCCUGAACACCUCUGGAUCAGAUACCAGCACUUUACUCUCUCUGCAAACCACAAGAGAGGGGAGGGCAAGAAUGGGAGGGGCUGGGGUAGGAUGUGUGUGGGGAAUGCUACAUGUCUUACUCACAAGAGUGGCUGCAAAUUGCAAGAGAAUAUGUGGUUCUCUUAUUUUUCAAAGGUUAUGUCAAACUUAAGACAAUGUAAGUUUGCCAUCAAAUGGCACAGUUGGCGACUGAUAAAAGCAGAGAGUGGAGGGGUAACAGGAUUGGCAGUUACUUUCUGUUUGUUUCUUUGAUUUGAUUUCUUAAAGAUUUGUGCAAUUUAUGAUUUCCUCGGAUGGAUUUUGGGGAUUUUCUGUUUUCUUGUCAAUUUUGCCAUUUUAAUUCUCAUUCAAAACUUUGAAAGGGCUGAAAACUGAAUGUAAUCCAUCAUAUCAUUGUUGAGAUACUAACUUUGGGGAAAUAUAUUCAUUGCUUAAACUUUCGCAUCUUGUCUUCUGUCACAUUUACCAAAUCCUACACUGCAAAAUACCAGUGGCUCAGCCUCAGCAGUAUUAAUAUUACUAGAAGUAGGACUUCAAAACCAAAACACUUACACACCUGAGUAAUGGUUAAGCAUGUCAGUGUGGUGUCUAAUCUGUCUCUACAGCUCAGUUGUGAUGUCAUAUGGUAGCAAAAGUGGAUUACUUGUGGUGAGCUGUUUUCCUACAGACACUGGGGUUAAUGUGUAGGGGAUAAUGCACAGUCAGCCGGUUGUUAUCACAAUAAACCCAGACAGGGUGAUCAGGAGUGUAUCAUGUCUUGCAUCACCCUGAAGGGGUUUAUUUUGCGAUAACAACCGACUGACUGUACAUUAUGUCGCUUAUUACAUGGCUACUAACCAAAUAAAUAAAGACAUGGACAUAAAAUAUUGAUUUGCGUUGAAAUUAUGCAAUUUGAGAAGAAAUCGCUGAACAGCUGAAAUCCACCUCCAGUUCUGAGAUCUGUUGGUGUUUUUUUGUGUGAAAAUGACUGUCUGACUCCUCAAUAAUCGCUUAUUAUAAGACUACUUGCCAAAUAAAUCAAUAAAUGGACAUGAAACAUUGAUUUGCGUUGAAAUUAUUUUAUUAGCUUACUUGAAGAGAUUGCACAGUGAGCCGAGAAGCAGGAGAGACUGCUCACAGAACCCGGAUGUGCGGUAGUUACAGAGCAAUAUCUGACCGCUGGAUGGCACCAUUUACCAAUCAGAAUUGAGUAUUCAAGAGAGCCGUGUAAUAAGCCAUUUUAAAACAGCACUAAAUUCUGAUUGUAAGAGCUGUGGUCAAACUGGUGAAAUGCAAAUACACGCACACCUUGUGUCAAGUCAACCCUGCUGUA